UAACACAAGAAAACAGAGCAGACACAACUCAAAAGAGGGAUAACGAAAUAGAGAGAGAGAGAGAGCCCUGUGGUUACCACCGACCCAGGUCCUCCGGUCACACCCUGAUUGGGUCCCACAUUCCGAUGAGAGAUUCGUCAAGGAAGAUCCACACAUUCCAAUAACAACUCCAACCCUACGUUUCAUUUUCACAUCUUUUCGGCCUCCCCUCUUCCUUUUAAAGGCCAUUUCCGUUCGUUUCUUCCCAAGCUACUUCUUGGGUUCUAUUGAUUUUUCUCUUGUCUGGGUGAUUUGGGUUGCUCUUUGUUCCGAGUAUUGGUUGUUGGUUUGCGUCAAAGAUUUGGUCUUUAUCUUCCAAGUUUGCAGUGAUAUCUUCCAGUGUGGUUGAUUUGGGAUCUGGGUCGGUGCCUGUUUUCGGAUUUGGUGGUCUGUCAAUGGGCGCAUUGGAUGAGGGGCAUUUCUGUUCGGAACUUGAGAAUGGAGUGAAGCUGGGUUGUAUUGAGCUGAGUGUUGAUGCCGAACCCGAGACCGUAGCUAUUGAGGAUGCUGUCAAAGUUCUCCUGCAGGGUCUUGGAGAGGAUGUGAACAGAGAAGGUCUCAAGAAGACACCUCUUCGUGUUGCCAAGGCCCUUCGAGAAGGAACAAGGGGUUAUAGACAAAAGGUUAAGGACAUUGUGCAAGGUGCUUUGUUCCCUGAAGCUGGUCUGGAUAAUGCAGUAGGUCAUGCUGGAGGAGCUGGUGGACUUGUGGUUGUUCGAGAUCUGAACCUCUUCUCCUAUUGUGAAUCUUGUAUGCUACCAUUCCAGGUUAAAUGUCAUGUGGGUUAUGUCCCUUCUGGUCAACGAGUUGUAGGCUUAAGCAAGCUCUCUCGAGUAGCUGAUGUGUUUGGAAAACGUCUUCAAGAGCCGCAGCGUCUAGCAGAUGAAGUGUGUUCAGCCCUGCACCAUGGCAUCAAGCCAGCCGGUGUCGCUGUCAUGCUCCAGUGUUCACACAUUCAUUUCCCAAAUUUAGAAUCAGCUUUUCUCGACUCGAACCACCAAGGAUGGGUAAAAUUGCUGGUUAGUUCAGGUUCUGGAGUUUUUGAAAAUGAAAGUGCCGAUAUUUGGGCAGAUUUUUUGAGUCUUCUGAAAUUCAGAGGCAUAGAUGUGGAGAAAACUGGCUUGAGAGACUCAAGCAAUUGGUGUCCAUCUCGAUCUUCAGCUUGUGCUAAUUCUGUCUCCAAGGUUGAAUCAGCCAAUCAGAGAAUGGUCACUGCAGUAGCUUCAAUUCUUAGAUCACUGGGUGAAGACCCAUUGAGAAAGGAGCUCGUAGGAACACCUGUUCGCUUUGUGAAAUGGUUGAUGAACUUCCAGAAUUGUAAUUUGGAUAUGAAUCUGAAUGGGUUUGUUUCUGCUAGGGUGGAUCCUCUACACCCCAAUGGAGAUAGCUGCAAAGAAAAGCAAAUCCACUCUGAGCUCAACUUGUCUGUGUGGUCUCAGUGUGAGCAUCAUUUACUUCCCUUUUAUGGUGUCGUGCAUAUAGGAUAUACGGCCACAGAAGGAUCCAAUCCCAUUGGAAAAUCUCUUCUACAAUCAAUUGUCUGUUUCUAUGGUUUUAAGCUCCAGGUGCAGGAGAGACUUACACGCCAGAUAGCAGAAACUGUGGCAUCACUUUCAGGUGGAGAUGUGAUAGUUGUUGUGGAGGCUAACCACACCUGUAUGAUCUCUAGAGGGAUUGAGAAGUUUGGAAGUAGCACAGCUACCAUCGCAGUACUGGGUCGUUUUUCAACUGACCCUGCUGCAAGGGCCAAGUUUUUGCAGAGCCUCCCAAACAUUGCCAUUUCAGGACCGUGAUUCCAAUUCAUCUAUUAACUAUCGAUUCUUUUCUACUCAGUUCUUUGCCUUGGUGGUUUAUGCUGCUCAGCCAUAAGUUUAUGACAUUGUCAAAGGAUGACCUGUAGCCAAUCGUCCUGCCUCAUUUUUGUUUUGGUGGUAUGGAAGUUUUAACUGAACUAUCUAAAUGCCCAUGGUCUCAUGACAGAGGAUCCUAAAGUUUUGUUUUGUUUCAUCUAUUAUCUGUAGCAUUAUACCCUUGCAAGAUUCCAAGGCUUCUCUUUGUUUCAAAGAUUGUUUCCAUUCCCUUUACUGGCAUACGAAUGAUAUAUUGAUAGUACGAAUCAUAUUGAUUAUUGAAUACCCACAAAGCUUUAGUCUGUUA